AAUUGAUCACUUCCGCUCGAAGAAAUUUUAGGAGAUCUGUCAAAAUUUACUUCACGUACAACGUCGCAGUGUCUUACACAUGCAUUGAUUUAGGUAAAGAAAUAAUAACAACUCAGAAAUCGUUACAGUGUCCAUUUUGUUAACGAAAAAGGACAGAGAUAAACUAUAACUAAGUAAUGUUAUUGAUCUCUCGGUAAAUUUUCUGCUACUGGAAAUAAUGGAAAAAGAGUGUUUCCAUUUGUGGACAUUUUUGUUUACAUGGAGUAUAUAUAGUUUAUGGAUUAAUGUAAAUCCAACAUCUGCAAUUUAUCAUGACAGAAUCAGUGCAAGAUCUAUAUCAUAAGUAUUGACUGUGACGAGGGGAUAGACAGAUUUUAUGUUACAUUACAUCCAAUCUCCCUAAUUAUGCUUAUCAGAUCACCACAGGGAAUGAAUCCUGGUCAUUGGAAGUCUAAGCAAGUCUGAUGAGAAAACAUCUGCAUUAAAUCAGAGGCAAAGUUUAGAAGAUAUCAAAAACUGUAUGUCACAUCUACAGGCUGAUUGUUAGCACUAAAUCAACUUGUACUUGUUAAACGUGUUUCAGCAGAUGAAUGUAACAAUGUCAGUUCAGUCGAGCCUAUGCCCUGGUGGUCAGGAUAUUGGAUGUGUUGAGAAAGUAGUGAUUGGGAGAAGUAUGAGUGAUCCAUAUCGUGCUAAAUUAAUUCCAGGAACUUCAUUCAAGCCAGUCAAUGAUUAUAAUUUAUCACAGCUGGCAUUUGAUCUCUACAUGGCAGUGGUUUCAGGAUAUCCAGAGGCUGUCCGAAAUAUCCUUAUGUCACAUCCGGAUGUUGAUGUGAACAUUUCAGUGAAAGGUGCUACAGUGCUGUCCCUGUCUUUACAGAAGAGACAGUUUCACAUAUUCAACAUGCUCAUGAAACACCAUGAAAGGAGUAAAAAGUUUGAUUUGAACAAGUGUAGUAAAGACAGUUUCAAUCGUAUUGAACCUCCCGUUAUCACAGCCUGCAGAAUGCAUUUUUUUGAAGGUGUUGUUGCACUUGCAAACAAUGGUGCAGAUAUAGAUGCAACAGAUCAUAUUGGACAUACAGCAUUAUGGGUGGCAGCUAGACAACAAAUGCCAGAUCUGGUGGAAUAUCUAAUUUGUAAUGGUGCUAGUGUGAAUAAGACUGACAUUUACCAUCACACGCCCUUGCUGACUGCUAUGAUGUACAGAGUCAGUUCUGGAAUUAUCAAAAUGCUCAUAAUGAAUGGUAGCAGUCUUGAAGGACCACGCUAUCCAGCCAACACUCAACUGUCACCACUAUUUUGGGCUCUGAAAUACAAAAACAUGGACAUUCUCAAACUUUUAAUUCAUGCUGGGGUUUCAAACAAUGAAAUAAGAUAUGUGAGGAAAAUUCUGUUUGCAAGAAAUGGAGACCAAAAAUUGAUAGAUAUGUUAGAUACAGAAGCCAGAACACCAAGGAGCCUGAAACAGAUAUGCAGGGGCAAAGUUCGGAAACACUUGAGUGAGGUUUGUCAUGGAAAAAAUUUUGUUUCCAAAGUGAAGGAAUUACCUAUACCAACGAUUCUGAGACAGUAUUUGUUGCUACGUUGAUGAAACGUUCAUUUAAGAUUUCUACACUUUACUUUAGAUGGGUGUCAUGUAUCCAGUCCAUUUUAAAAAAAUCAUACUGUUAUCUGGCAGGUUUGCAUAUUUGUCGUUGUCAUAGAUAUAGUCAUUAGUUUGUAUCACUCAUUUUUGAAACUGGUACUGAAAACAACUUUAUAAGAAUGAUCUGAAAAUUUGACAUAGUUCCUCUAGUUGCUUUUUUAUUUUGUUUGAUUAGAGUUUUAGAACCAAGAAACGUAGGAAGAUGUCACAGUCAGAUUAUGUAUACUUGUUAUUUUUUCUUGAAUUCCCAUUUAUUCUGUUAAAGCAUUGGUACUGUUUGGCAUAACAGACAUUUCAGAACCACAUGUUAAUAAUAACAGUCUUAGAUAAAAAGAAAUUUGUGUCCAAAUUUCAAUUUUCAAAUUAGUGAAAGUCACUUCUUUGGUCAAGGGACUAUGCUGUCCAGUGAACAUCAACAUUUCAAUAAUUAAAAAAAAAAAUGUUGGACUAGCAACGUAGGUUUGAAAACACAAUCAGUAUUAUUUUAGCUGAUAUUUUGGUGGUAAGAUAUAACUACAUCAAAUUUCCUUACAACAAUUUUUCAUAAUCCAUUGUCUGUACUUACACCAGAUUUAUACACUUAUAGAGAGCUUGUCAACAAAUUAAGACCAGAACAGAACAUAGAAUUUAUUUUGACUUUUACAAAGUACAUCAUCAAUCAUAAUAAGAAUAUAAGUUCUUUUUAACAAUACCAUAAGGUCAAAUUUAUUCUAUAAAUGGUUUAAUGCAAAGGUAGUUUAUAUCAAUACCAAAGUUAUUUAUUAAAAUUUACUCGCCUGCAGUUUGGGUAAAAAAAUUCAACAUGUUCAUUUCCACCAAGUUUGAAAUAGAAUGUAUACAUGUAUAUGACACUGAAAAAUGAUAAAGUGUGUGAAAAUUAAAGUAGAUAUUGAUAAAAAUGCAAGAAGAGUGUAAAUUUUCUGCAUUAUUUCAAAGGCGUUGCAAUGGUUUACUACCUUUUGCACAAUAUUUUUGGUUAUUUAUAAGAAUAUCUUGCAAAAUAUUUAUGACAAUAAGUUUGUACCACUAGUCACUUUCAGAGUACUUACUUUUUAUGGAUUUUUUGAGAGAAAUGAUUGUUUUGCCUAAAAUAUGUGGGUUAGUAGUGUACCUUUAUAACAAAGAGCUAUAAAAAUAUAUAUUAUACAAAUGUACUUCUUUGUUUAAAAGUAGAAUUUCGAAUUAUCUGAGAAAGAGCAAUAUUAUGAAAAACCUGAACAUACAAUAUGAAAACGUGAUUUACAGUAUAGUUAAUACUUGAAAAGUGAUAGUAUUGCAGCUUGAGUAAUGAAUUGUUCGGUUUUGUUCAAGACUUCAAGUUCAUGAAUUUUACUCACAAAAUUUUGAAAUAGUGCAUUAAUAUAAAUCAGUAAUAUUUGUUGUAUUACUUUUAUUGAUUUUAUAAUAUUUGUACUUUUAAGUUUAAGUAUAUGUUGUAAUUUUCUCAUUAAUUAACUAGGCUCAUGCAAAUUGUGUUUUAGACUGUUUGAAAGCUUUUAAACUUAGUUAUUUGCUCUCUCCCUCUCUCAUUUUGCGUAGCUGAUAGUUACAAAACUUUGUUCAUAAAAACAAUCCUCACAUAUUACUUUAUAUAAUUUACAGCUGUAUACAUCUCUGUUGCUGCAUUUAGAUUUGCUGCCAACAACUUGUUAUUUGUUUCUAUAGAUUUUUAAUGCUAUUUUCUCACAUCUGAUAGUGUUCAUAAAAAUCUGUUGUUAAUACAGUAUUAUUGUAUGUGAGUUCAGGUGCUAAGCAUUUAUUUAUAUAUUAUAUAUCGUAAAUUUUUUAUACAAGACAUUUAAUAGUGCAA